AUGGCGGACGUCCUGGAUAGGAUGGUACUGCGGUGGCUUCCGCUCGUACGGGGUACCAAUGCGGGCGGGUUAGCCCUGAAUGACGGCCGGUGGUGCGGUAUGCGGUCCGUGGACCGGGCGGUGGCAGCGCGUCAUCGGGUUGGCGCGCGGCGGGCCAUCGGUUCUCUGACCUGUCGUCGGUCCUGGAUGGCGACGCUCGCGCGCUCCCAUGCUCAGCAGGUACGCCAUUGCUGGCGCCCGAGACCAGCACCAUCACCCUGUUCCCGCGGAGCUGUCGCCCGGCGAGGCUUCAUGGCGCGGGCUGCCGAGUGGGCGCCUCCCGUCCUCACGCCCGCCCUACACUUCGCCGCCCUGCCCAUUGGCAGCGCCCAGCGCCCGGGAGGCCAGCACGCCCGCGACCCCGUGGGGGGCUCUGUGGAGUUCCAGUUCGUUCCGGUGCUCAAACUGGUGUCCACCCUGCUGGUAACCACCGCGUCCCUCCACCCACCCUUCCUCCCCCCACUCUGCCCUCAGGCUUCAGUCUCCAACUCUGUCCGCCAAUCGUUCCCUUCAUCCGGCAGUCACUCGGUCAUCCGUCAGUCAUUGGUUCAUCCGUCAGUCAUUGGUUCAUCCGUCAGUUGCCCACCCCUGAACUUGGGCACUUCCCCCGUCCGUCAGUCCCCCCUCCCCCAUCCGUCAGUCCCCUACGAAAUCCGCUUCCCCAAAAUGGUCACCAGCUGCUGCCGGUUCCUCUGCUAUUUCUGUCGCAUUAGUCGCCAGAACCAAAGGUCCAUGUUUGAUCACCUCAGCUACCUGCUGGAGAACAGCGGGAUCGGCCUGGGUAUGCAGGGUUCCACUCCGCUAGAUGUGGCGGCUGCCUCCGUCAUAGACAACAACGAGCUGGCCUUGGCCCUUCAGGAACAAGACCUGGAAAAGGUCGUCUCCUACUUGGCCGGCUGCGGCCUUCAGAGCUGCCCCAUGCUGCUGGCCAAGGGCUACCCCGACAUUGGCUGGAACCCCUGCGGGGGGGAGCGCUAUCUGGAUUUCCUGAGAUUUGCCGUCUUUGUUAAUGGAGAGAGCGUGGAAGAGAAUGCGAAUGUUGUGGUUCGUCUGCUCAUCCGGCGUCCCGAAUGCUUCGGCCCGGCCCUGCGAGGAGAGGGCGGCUCUGGGCUGCUGGCUGCUAUGGAAGAGGCAAUCCGGAUCUCAGAGGAUCCUGCUCGAGAUGGCCCGGGCGUCAGGAAGGACCGGAGGCGGGAGCACCACGGGGGUGAAGAGGCCCCUGAAGAAAACCGUGUGCACUUGGGAAAUGCCAUCAUGUCAUUCUAUUCCGCCCUGAUCGACCUGCUGGGACGCUGUGCUCCAGAGACUCAUCUGAUCCAGGCCGGGAAGGGAGAAGCGCUGAGGAUCCGAGCCAUUCUGCGCUCCCUGGUGCCCCUGGACGACCUCGUGGGCAUUAUCAGCCUGCCCCUGCAGAUCCCCACCCUGGGCAAAGAUGGGGCCCUGGUGCAGCCUCGGAUGUCUGCCUCCUUCGUGCCUGACCACAAAGCCCCCAUGGUCCUCUUCCUGGACCGCGUCUACGGCAUCGACAGCCAGGACUUCCUGCUCCACGUGCUUGAUGCGGGUUCCCCUGGCGGGCGGUGCCUCCCUGGACCGGGGGGCGCAACCUUUCCAAAGGAGAUGGCCCUGGCCUUGAACCCUACUUGCACACCUGUUUAUCCCCAAGUCCCCCCACUGUUUGGAAGGGCCGCCAUCAUGGUGGACUCCAUGCUCCACACGGUGUACCGCCUGUCCCGGGGACGCUCUCUCACCAAGGCCCAGCGAGAUGUCAUUGAGGACUGCCUCAUGGCGCUCUGCAGGUACAUCCGUCCAUCUAUGCUCCAGCACCUUCUGCGUCGUCUGGUAUUCGACGUUCCCAUCCUCAACGAGUUUGCCAAGAUGCCCCUCAAGCUCCUGACCAAUCACUAUGAGCGCUGCUGGAAAUAUUACUGCCUCCCUACGGGCUGGGCCAACUAUGGAGUUACCUCCGAGGAAGAGCUGCAUCUGACUCGCAAGCUUUUCUGGGGCAUCUUUGAGUCACUGGCCCACAAGAAAUACGACCAGGAGCUCUACCGCAUGGCCAUGCCGUGUCUGUGCGCCAUCGCCGGGGCCCUGCCCCCCGACUACGUGGAUGCCUCCUACUCCUCCAAAGCUGAGAAGAAGGCCACUGUGGAUGCUGAGGGCAACUUUGACCCCCGGCCCGUGGAGACACUCAAUGUGAUCAUACCCGAGAAACUCGACUCCUUCAUCAACAAAUUUGCCGAGUACACACACGAGAAGUGGGCAUUUGACAAGAUUCAGAACAAUUGGUCAUUUGGGGAGAACAUUGACGAGGAGCUCAAGACCCACCACAUGCUUCGGCCCUACAAGACCUUCUCAGAAAAGGACAAGGAGAUUUACCGAUGGCCCAUCAAGGAGUCCCUGAAGGCCAUGAUCGCCUGGGAGUGGACUGUGGAAAAGGCCCGUGAGGGUGAGGAGGAGAAGGGAGAGAAGAAGACCAAGACUCGCAAGAUCUCCCAGAAUACCCCGGCCACCUAUGACCCAAGAGAGGGCUAUAAUCCCCAGCCUCCAGACCUUACCUGUGUCACCCUGUCCCGGGAACUGCAGGCCAUGGCUGAACAACUGGCUGAGAAUUACCAUAACACAUGGGGGAGGAAGAAAAAGCAGGAAUUAGAAGCCAAGGGUGGAGGCACCCACCCCCUCCUGGUCCCCUAUGACACACUGACGGCCAAGGAGAAGGCUCGCGAUAGAGAGAAAGCCCAGGAACUGCUCAAAUUCCUGCAGAUGAACGGCUACGCGGUGACGCGAGGGCUGAAGGACAUGGAGCUGGACACAUCUUCAAUUGAGAAGAGGUUUGCGUUUGGGUUCCUCCAGCAGCUGCUCCGAUGGAUGGACAUCUCACAGGAGUUCAUUGCCCAUCUGGAGGCUGUGGUGAGCAGCGGACGGGUGGAGAAGUCUCCUCACGAGCAAGAGAUCAAGUUCUUUGCCAAGAUCCUCCUGCCGCUCAUCAACCAGUACUUCAACAACCACUGCCUCUACUUUCUGUCCACACCAGCCAAGGUGCUCGGCAGUGGGGGCCACGCCUCUAACAAGGAAAAGGAGAUGAUCACCAGCCUGUUCUGUAAACUCGCCGCUCUGGUCCGCCACCGAGUCUCUCUCUUUGGGACUGACGCUCCAGCUGUGGUCAACUGCCUGCACAUCCUCGCCCGGUCCCUGGAUGCAAGGACCCACCAGUUUGGGGAUGAUGUCAUCUUGGACGACGUCCAGGUCUCCUGCUACCGAACACUUUGCAGCAUCUACUCUCUGGGGACCACCAAGAAUUCCUAUGUGGAGAAGCUCCGUCCAGCCCUUGGAGAAUGCCUUGCCCGUCUGGCAGCUGCUAUGCCAGUUGCCUUCCUUGAACCCCAACUGAAUGAGUUCAACGCCUGCUCUGUCUACACCACCAAAUCUCCCCGAGAACGUGCCAUCCUGGGCCUUCCGAGCUCCGUGGAGGAGAUGUGCCCAGAUAUCCCAGACCUGAAGCACCUGAUGGCCGAGAUCGGGGGGCUGGCCGAGUCGGGCGCCCGUCACACCGAGAUGCCCCAUGUCAUCGAGAUCACGCUGCCGAUGCUCUGUAACUACCUGCCCCGCUGGUGGGAGCGGGGGCCCGAGGUCCCCUCCUCACAGCCCCCAGGGGGACCCCCACCCUGCACGAUGCACCCGGACCACCCCUAAUCCCUCCUAAACAUCCUCCGAUUUGUCAACAACCUGGGAUAAGGGGUUUUCGUGGAUGGCGCUCAGGGGGACCGGAAUGAAGCGCUUGGGGUGUGGAUGUGGAGGCUCCCCAGGCCCACCAACGCCCCUGCCUCGUGUCCCGCAGUGUUUGCGCAGCCGAUCGUGAGCCGGGCCCGGCCCGAGCUGCUCCGCUCACAUUUCAUCCCCACGGUGGGCCGGCUCCGGAAGCGCGCAGGGAAGGUGGUGGCCGAGGAAGAGCAGCUGAGGCUGGAAGCCAAGGCGGAGGCUGAGGAGGGAGAGCUCCUGGUGCGGGACGAGUUCUCUGUGCUCUGCCGGGAUCUCUACGCACUCUACCCCCUGCUCAUCCGCUACGUAGACAACAACCGAGCCCACUGGCUAACAGAACCCAACCCUGAUGCAGAAGAACUCUUCAGGAUGAUAGCAGAAAUCUUCAUCUAUUGGUCCAAGUCUCAUAACUUCAAGAGAGAAGAACAGAAUUUCGUGGUACAGAACGAAAUCAAUAACAUGUCCUUCCUGACGGCAGAUAGCAAGAGCAAGAUGGCCAAGGCGGGAGAUGGACAGUCAGGAGGCUCCGAUCAAGAGAGAACAAAGAAGAAACGGCGAGGGGACCGAUAUUCCGUCCAGACCUCUCUGAUCGUGGCUACCCUCAAGAAGAUGCUGCCUAUUGGGUUGAACAUGUGUGCACCCACUGACCAGGACCUCAUCGCGCUGGCCAAGACUCGUUAUGCCCUGAAAGACACAGAUGAAGAAGUUCGGGAAUUUCUGCAGAAUAACCUUCAUCUUCAGGGAAAGAGUGAGGGCUCCCCAUCACUGCGCUGGCAGAUGGCCCUGUACCGGGGGCUGCCUGGCCGGGCUGAGGAUGCUGAUGCCCCUGAGAACAUUGUUCGCCGAGUACAGGAAGUCUCAGCGGUGCUUUACCACCUGGAACAGACAGAACAUCCCUACAAGUCCAAGAAAGCUGUGUGGCACAAGCUGCUUUCAAAACAGCGUCGUCGGGCGGUUGUGGCUUGUUUUCGCAUGACACCCUUGUACAACUUGCCUCGGCAUCGGGCAAGCAAUAUGUUCUUGGAGUCCUACAAAGCAUCAUGGAUCCUAACUGAGGAGCACAGUUUUGAGGACCGCAUGAUUGAUGACCUUUCUAAAGCUGGGGAGGAAGAAGAAGAGGAAGAAGAACAGGAAGAGAAGAAGCCAGACCCUCUUCACCAGCUGGUAUUACACUUUAGCCGGACAGCCCUGACAGAGAAGAGCAAACUAGAUGAGGACUAUUUGUACAUGGCAUAUGCUGACAUCAUGGCCAAGAGCUGCCACUUGGAGGAGGAAGAGGAGCCUUCAGAACCUGCUGAGGAGGAGGCUGAAGUUUCAUUUGAGGAGAAGGAGAUGGAAAAGCAGAAACUGCUCUACCAGCAGUCAAGGCUACACAACCGAGGGGCUGCUGAGAUGGUGCUACAAAUGAUUAGUGCCUGCAAAGGGGAGCCGGGAGUCAUGGUUUCAUCCACCCUGAAGUUGGGCAUCUCCAUCCUCAACGGUGGCAACAUGGAGGUGCAGCAGAAGAUGCUGGACUAUCUGAAGGACAAAAAGGAUGUUGGCUUCUUCCAGAGCAUCCAGGCCCUGAUGCAGACAUGCAGUGUUCUUGAUCUGAAUGCCUUUGAGAGGCAGAACAAGGCAGAGGGGCUUGGAAUGGUGACCGAGGAAGGGACUGUCAUCAAUCGCCAGAACGGGGAAAAAGUAAUGGCCGACGAUGAGUUCACCCAGGAUCUCUUCCGCUUUCUGCAGCUGCUGUGUGAAGGCCAUAACAAUGGUUCGUAUGUGAGAGGAGAAAGAGGAGGGAGCACACCCAUCAACAUCAUCAUCUGCAGUGGAUUACUCUUGAGGGCUGGGGAGGGUCCAUCAGGCUUUACCGGAACUGGGGGAAAUGGACAAGACGGGAGGAACUUCUCCAAAGCCAUGGCCGUGGCCAAGCAGGUCUUCAACAGCCUCACCGAGUACAUCCAGGUAGUCACCUUGUCCCAUCCGUGGCCCGGCCCCCAGUCCCUCCUGGCCUUCCAGGACUCAAGCCAGAUUGAGCUGCUGAAGGAGCUCCUGGAUCUGCAGAAAGACAUUGGGGUUUGGCUUUGCUGUGGAAGGUCCCCGCCACCCAAACCACCCAGAUCUCCCCAGGAGAAAUCCCAGGACCAGAGGAACCCUCAUCCCGGCUGGAGCCUGACAGACACGGCUAUGGUGCUCCUCACCGCUGACGCUCCUCCCCUUACUCCCCGCCCCCCGGCAGGUAACGUGGUCAACGGCACAAUUGCCCGGCAGAUGGUGGACAUGCUGGUGGAGUCCUCCUCCAACGUGGAGAUGAUCCUCAAGUUCUUCGACAUGUUCCUAAAGCUGAAGGACAUCGUGGGCUCCGAGGCAUUCCAGGACUACGUCACCGACCCCCGUGGACUCAUCUCCAAGAAGGAUUUCCAGAAGGCCAUGGACAGCCAGAAGCAGUUCACUGGCCCAGAGAUCCAGUUCCUCCUGUCCUGCUCAGAGGCGGAUGAGAACGAGAUGAUCAAUGUGGAGGAAUUUGCCAGCCGCUUCCAGGAGCCGGCCCGAGACAUCGGCUUCAACGUGGCCGUGCUGCUGACCAACCUGUCGGAGCACGUGCCCCACGACCCGCGCCUCAAGAACUUCCUGGAGCUGGCUGAGAGCAUCCUGGAGUACUUCCGGCCCUACCUGGGCCGGAUCGAGAUCAUGGGGGCCUCCCGGCGCAUCGAGCGCAUCUACUUUGAAAUCUCUGAGACCAACAAAGCACAGUGGGAGAUGCCCCAGGUGAAGGAGUCCAAACGCCAGUUCAUCUUUGACGUGGUGAAUGAAGGGGGGGAGUCGGAGAAGAUGGAAAUGUUUGUGAGCUUCUGUGAAGACACCAUCUUUGAGAUGCAGAUCGCCGCCCAGAUCUCAGAGCCCGAGGGAGAGCCUGAGGAAGAUGAGGAGGAGUCCAUGGCAGAGUCGGGGCCAGACUCCGGGGAGGCAGGGCCCGACGGAGAAGGGGCCGGCGCAGGGGGCCCGACGGGCAUCUCCGGGCACGUGGCCGGUGCCGUCUCCUCGGUCCUGCGGAAGCUGACCUACCGGAGCCUGCGCAGGAGGGUGCGGAGGCUCCGCAAGCUGACCCUGCGGGAGGCUGCAGGAACCGGGGCCGGGCUCAUCUGGGCCGGGGCCACGUGGACGGGCUCCGGAGUGAUCGGCGCCACCCGGGGGGCCCUGGGCCUACUCUGGGGCUCUCUGUUUGGGGGAGGGCUGGUGGAGGGAGCCAAGAAAGUGACCGUGACGGGACUGUUGGCCGGGAUGCCAGACCCCACAGGCGAUGAGGUCCAUGGGGAGCAGGCGGCUGGCGCCGGGGCUGCCGGGACUGGGGACGGAGCCGUGGAGGGUGAUGAGGAGGUGGGGGCGGAGUUGGCCGAGAGGGAGGCUGAGGCUGAGGCCGGAGCUGGGGAGGCCGGGCCAGCCGGAGGAGAGGGAGCCGGGGCCAAUGGAGGCCACUUCCGGAUGGAGGUCCCCGGAGGCCUGGGUGACAUGGGAGACACAACACCCGUUGAGCCGCCCACUCCUGAGGGUUCCCCCAUCUUCCGGAGGAAACUAGGGCUGGAGGGAGAAGAAGAACAAGCCUUAGAACCAGAACCAGAGCCAGAACCAGAACCAGAGCCAGAGCCAGAACCCGAGCCUGAGAAAGCUGAUGCUGAGAACGGAGAAAAGGAAGGGUCCCAAGAGCCAGAACCUGAGGCUCCCAAGAAGGCAGCUGCCCCACCUCCGCCCCGGAAGGAGGACGCCAAAUCUGAGGGCCCUGACUUCUGGGAGGAAAUGGAGGUGCAGAGGGUCAAGUUCCUGAACUACCUCUCCAGAAACUUCUAUACCCUGAGAUUCCUCGCCCUCUUCCUGGCCUUUGCCAUCAACUUCAUCCUGCUCUUCUACAAGGUGUCUGACUCUCCGCCAGGAGAAGAGGACCUGGAAGGCUCCGGUCUCGAGGGUCUGGCAGGCUCAGGGUCCGGGGACUUCCUGGGAUCCGGCAUGGGCUCCGGGGCUGGGGAGGAUCUGGAGAACGAGGAGGAAGAGAACAUGGUCUACUACUUCCUGGAAGAGAGUACGGGCUACAUGGAGCCAGCCCUGCGAGGUCUCAGCAUCCUGCACACCCUCAUUGCCUUCCUCUGCAUCAUAGGCUACAACUGUCUCAAGGUACCGCUGGUUAUAUUUAAACGGGAGAAGGAGCUAGCCCGGAAACUAGAGUUCGAUGGCCUUUACAUCACUGAGCAGCCCGAGGAUGACGACGUGAAGGGCCAGUGGGAUCGACUGGUGCUUAACACCCCGUCCUUCCCCAGCAACUACUGGGACAAGUUCGUGAAAAGGAAGGUGCUGGAGAAACAUGGCGACAUCUUUGGCCGGGAGCGGAUUGCAGAGCUGUUGGGCAUGGAUCUGGCCAGCCUGGAGAUCACGGCGCAGAACGAGAAGCGACCGGAACCCCCCUCGGGACUGCUCACCUGGAUCAUGUCCAUAGAUGUCAAAUACCAAAUCUGGAAAUUUGGUGUCAUCUUUACAGAUAAUUCAUUCUUGUAUUUGACGUGGUACAUGGUCAUGUCCCUCCUCGGCCACUAUAACAACUUCUUCUUUGCCGCUCACCUGCUGGACAUCGCCAUGGGAGUCAAGACGCUUCGGACCAUCCUGUCUUCUGUCACCCACAAUGGGAAGCAGCUGGUGAUGACGGUGGGCCUGCUGGCCGUCGUGGUUUACCUCUACACGGUUGUGGCCUUCAAUUUCUUCCGCAAAUUUUACAAUAAAAGCGAGGAUGAGGAUGAGCCGGACAUGAAAUGUGAUGACAUGAUGACGUGUUACCUGUUCCACAUGUACGUGGGGGUCCGAGCUGGUGGGGGCAUCGGGGAUGAGAUUGAGGAUCCAGCAGGGGAUGAAUACGAGCUCUACCGUGUGGUCUUUGACAUCACCUUUUUCUUCUUCGUCAUCGUCAUCCUGCUGGCCAUUAUCCAAGGUCUGAUCAUUGAUGCUUUUGGGGAGCUCCGAGACCAGCAAGAGCAAGUGAAGGAAGAUAUGGAGACCAAAUGUUUCAUCUGUGGCAUUGGAAGUGACUACUUUGAUACAACACCCCACGGUUUUGAGACCCACACGCUGGAGGAGCACAACCUGGCUAACUACAUGUUUUUCCUGAUGUAUCUGAUCAAUAAGGAUGAGACCGAGCACACGGGACAGGAGUCGUAUGUCUGGAAGAUGUACCAGGAGCGCUGCUGGGACUUCUUCCCAGCUGGUGACUGUUUCCGAAAACAGUAUGAAGACCAGCUGGCCUGAAAAAAAUCAAGGCUUCCCUCCAUCUGCCCUCACCUCAAGUGCCUUAUGCUAUUUGGGGGAUCCCCUAUCCUGGGGCGCAGCUUCCCUCAGUGCAGUGUGUCCCAUGGGAAAGGGGCCCCUCUGGAAUAAAGGGUUUCUUCUGCA